GCUUGUUUGUUUAUAAUUUUUACUUCAAUAGGUGGGACAUCAACUAUUAUCAAAUCACAAUAUGGUUUUUGAUCCAAUGAAUUAUUCUGCACCAUGUACUUCUUCAUGCAGGUGGGACCUCAACUACUAUCAAAUGAUCAAAAUGUGGUUUUUGGUCCAAUAAAUCAUUCUGCAUCAAUGACCUCUUCAAUGCAGGUAGAAUCUCCACUACUAUCAAAUCAGAAUUUGGUUUUUGAUCCAAUGAAUAAUUCUGCACCAUGUACUUCUUCAAUGGUGGGACCUCAACUACUAUCAAAUCAAAAUUUGGUUUUUGAUCCAAUAAAUCAUUAUGCACCAAUUGCGUCUUCAAUGCAGGUAGAAUCUCAACCACUAUCAAAUCAGAAUUUGGUUUCUGAUUAUUCAAGAAAUUAUUUAGUGCCAAAUACUUCUUCCAUGGUAGGACAUGAUCAGCUGCUGUCAAAUAACAAUUUCUUUUCUGAUCCAAGAAAUCAUUUUGCGCCAAAUACUUGUUUAAUGGUACAUCCUCAAGUUGCAGAAUUAUUUGCGCAAUUCACUGCACUAUUAGGGCGUUAUUUGCUGAAUCAGAGCUUAGUGUCCGCACCGCAGUGGCAAAUUAAUCCACAACAAGGAUCCUAUUCCUCCCUGUACUCAAACGGCGACUUUGGUAAUAACUGUACUUCGUCAAGCUCUGAGUUUCAUAGAGGGCUUGAAGAUGCCUGGAUUGCACAAGGGAGUUUCCAGGAUAAACAUCCUGAAGAAGCGACUGGGCAGGACUUUUCCUACUGAUAACACCAACGCUUUCAUGGAUGGGCAAUCUGUGGACAAUCCUCUGGAUCUAAAUUAAAUUCUGCGGGAGAAUAUUAUUAUAAUAUUGUUGACAUUUGAAGAAUGGUGUAUUCAUCUUUUACUUUAUAUCAGUGUUGUGUAAUCGUUUGAGAAUAAUGGCUCCUAUCUUUUUGGGCCUUCUUGUUUAAAAAUAUUGAAAACUAUAGUUAUAAUCUAUAUCUAUUCCGGAUACUUCUGGAGCACGUUU